GAGGGCCCCGCUGCGGUUGGGUGGGCCGGCUGUCCCUCCGCGCGAGGCAGCAGCCAAUCGGCGGCCGGUGGCGGGGGCUGCUCGGCCGUUGGAGGCGGAGGAGAGGUAAACGGCCGUUUUCUGAGGCGCCCCUCCCCCCCUCCGCUUCGCUCCCCUCAGCGGCCACUCGGAGAGGCGACGACGCGACGGGAGCCGCUGCCGACCGAUGAGAUGUUCAGCACUGUGUGAUCAUCUGAUAAUUCCUAGAAGAGGAAGAAUUUGCUGCACGUGGAGGAAAAUUUCCUGUUGUUAAAAAAACAUAGGUUCCAAACCACCAAUAUGGGGUCAGAAAACCCAAGCCCGCAAAAUCCCAGCUGUAAAAUUAUGACGUUCCAUCCGACGCUAGAAGAAUUCCAGGAUUUUGGAAAGUACAUCGCUUACAUCGAAUCCCAAGGUGCUCACCGGGCAGGGCUUGCUAAGGUGAUCCCUCCCAAGGAAUGGAAGCCCCGCAAGACUUACGACGACAUCGACAGCAUGGUGAUCCCUGCUCCCAUUCAGCAGGUGGUGACUGGCCAGUCCGGGCUUUUCACCCAGUACAACAUUCAGAAGAAACCCAUGCUGGUUGGAGACUAUCGUCGCUUGGCUAAUAGUGAGAAGUACUGUACUCCUCGUCAUCAGGAUUUUGAUGAUCUGGAACGCAAAUACUGGAAGAAUUUGACUUUUGUGUCCCCUAUAUACGGGGCGGAUAUCAGUGGCUCCUUGUAUGAUGCGGAUGUGGAAGAGUGGAACAUUGGGAACCUGAACACUCUCCUUGACAUGGUGGAGCAUCAGUGUGGGAUUAUCAUAGAAGGCGUGAACACCCCCUACCUCUACUUUGGGAUGUGGAAGACCACGUUUGCCUGGCACACGGAGGACAUGGAUCUCUACAGCAUCAACUACCUGCAUUUUGGAGAGCCCAAGUCAUGGUAUGCUAUACCUCCAGAGCAUGGCAAGAGGCUGGAAAGACUGGCCAAAGGAUUUUUCCCUGGGAGUUCUCAAGGGUGUGAUGCCUUCCUGCGGCACAAGAUGACCCUCAUUUCACCUUCCAUCUUGAAAAAAUACAGCAUCCCUUUUGACCGGAUCACCCAGGAAGCUGGAGAAUUCAUGAUUACUUUUCCUUACGGCUACCAUGCGGGCUUCAAUCAUGGAUUCAACUGCGCCGAGUCCACCAAUUUUGCCACCCUGCGAUGGAUCGAUUACGGCAAGAUGGCCACCCAGUGCACCUGUCGGAAAGACACUGUGAAGAUCUCCAUGGAUGUGUUUGUGCGGGUGCUACAACCUGAACGAUAUGACUUAUGGAAACAAGGAAAAGACAUCACAGUCUUGGAUCACAUGAAGCCCACCCCUUUAACAUCGCCUGAGCUGGAAGCCUGGAAUGAGACCAAAAAUGCCUUGAAGGCAAAGAUGCUGCGCAGGGCAAACAGGAAACGAAGCCAGCCCCGGAGGCACAAGACCCAGGAUCAGAAGUCCCUCGUGGACGCUAUGGCCAUGGACACGACCUUGGAAGAGGUGGGAGAGAAGGAUGAUCAGAGGAGGGUCCCCAAUCUGGACGAAGAAGACAAACAUAAAGCAUCAGACAGCAAAGAAGGAGAAUGCCGGCCAAAGUUGCGCAACCCCAAAGCCAAAGGGGAAAGGAAGAAGAAGAAGCAGCGGCGUUUGCACGAACUGCUUCCUCCCCUCCUCCUGCCCCAGCCCUACACGCCCAGGGACGAGCGGCAGCAGCCCCAGCCCAGCCCUCCGGCGGAAGGGAGGCCCGAGAGGACCAGGCACCCGGCCGAAGACAGCCAGCCCCUCAUGCCCAACCUCAGCGCCCUCUCUUCCGAAGGUCCCGUCGAGGAGGACGAGUCCAAGCAGCGGCCCAUCAUCCCCAUGCUCUACGUGGUGCCCCAGUGCAAGAAGGCGGCUGUGGAGAAGAAGCGCCUGACCUGCCAGGAGGUCUUUGAGCGGUUCGUGAAGAAGGACCAGAUGGCCUCGCUGGAGCUGGACGUGAAAGACGAAGACAGCGUCGAGGGGGAGAACGCCGAGGGGGCUGCCGAGCCCAGUAAAUUGCAGACCUCUACUUUCUCGAAACUCAAAAUGGAGAUCAAGAAGAGUCGCCGUCACCCCCUGGGGAAGCCGCCCACCCGCUCCCCGUUGUCAGUGGUGAAGCAGGAAGCCUCCAGCGAUGAAGAAACUCCCCUGUUCAGUGGCGAGGAAGACGCCGGCGAUCCGGAGCCCCUGAAGUCCUUACUUUCCAUCCAGUGGAAAAACAAAGCCCCCAACUUUGCAGCGGAAAGACGGUUCAAUGCGGCCGCCGCCCUGAGGGAGCCCUACUGUGCCAUUUGCACUCUCUUCUACCCCUAUAAUCAGGUCUUGCCGAUGGAAAAGGAGAGAGGUGCUGAAAACCCCUCACUCCAGCCGCCUUUUAAAAACGGGCAGAAGACCAGGCCUCUGGUCCCAGAAAUGUGCUUCACCUCAAGCAGUGAGAACACGGAGCCCGUCCCGUCCAACUCCUACAUCGGAGACGAUGGGAGCAGCUUGUUGAUCUCCUGUGCCAAAUGCUGCCUCCAAGUCCACGCCAGUUGCUACGGGAUACGCCCGGAUCUUGUGAAUGAAGGCUGGACCUGUUCCCGUUGCUCAGCAAACGCACUGCUAGCGGAUUGCUGUCUCUGUAAUCUCAGAGGAGGAGCUCUUCAAAGAACUACGGAUGGAAGGUGGGUGCACGUCAUCUGUGCCAUCGCUGUCCCGGAAGCCCGUUUUGUCAACAUCCUCGCGCGCCAUCCUGUAGACAUCACUGCCAUCCUUGAGCAACGGUGGAAACUGAAAUGUGUCUACUGCCGUAAGCGGAUGAAGAAAGUUUCCGGAGCCUGCAUCCAGUGUUCCUCCGAGCACUGCUCCACGUCUUUCCACGUCACCUGCGCCCACGCAGCCGGCGUGCCCAUCGAGCCCGAUGAUUGGCCCUACGUGGUGUCCAUCACCUGCUUCAAGCACAAAGCGGCCAGCCACAUUGUAGGUGUCCCUCGGAUCUGUCCCUCCCCUUCCCCUUGUUCACCCCACCGGCCCGCCCUUUCGCUUGAUGGACAGUCCCUUUGUCUCUUCCAGCUUCCCUUUUCCAGAGAGGUCUCCCUCAGCCAGACGGUAAUCGCGAAGAACCGGAACGGCCUCUAUUACCGGUGCAAAGUGAUCGGGGUGACCACGCAAACCUUUUACGAGGUCAACUUCGACGAUGGCUCCUACAGUGAUAACAUUUAUCCAGAAAACAUUAUUAACAGAGACUGCCUUAAGAUGGGGCCACCUGCGGAGGGCGAGCCGGUCCAGCUGCACUUGACCAACGGCGUCACUUACCAAGCUAAGUUCAUCGCUGCCCACGUCAACCAGAUCUUUCAGGUAGAGUUUGAAGAUGGCUCUCAGCUGAUGGUCAAACGAGGGGAGAUCUAUACCCUUGACGAAGAACUUCCCAAGAGAGUUAAAUCUCGCCUGUCCCUGAGCAGCGGCGCGCCUCAGGAAGAGACGAUCUCAGGUGACGACUCGAAAGCAGCCAAGCGCCCGCGGGUGGGCACCCCAAAGAGCUGCGAGGACGGUGGCCCCGGGCCCAACUAUUUGGCCAUGAUGGAGACCCCCCUGCAUGCUAAGUUCUAGCCGAGGAGGCCGAGAGGAGCUUCACCAGGCGGGACAGCGCUUGACGUUUCAAGGAAAAGGAAUAACGGGGAACAAAUCCCUUCGCAGCCACCCCACCCACCCCGCGGAAAAUUAAUUUAAACGGAAAACUGUGGCGAGGGAAGACUCAGCCGUUGUGCAAUAACUCGCAAAUUUAAAUUCUUUUCCUUCCAUUUUGGGGUUUUCUCUUUUUUUUCUUCUUUUUCUCUUUUUCUUUCUUUCUUUUUUUGGACUUUUGGGAAGCUUGACUUGCUCCUAGCCUACCUCUCUGUUCUUUCUGACGAUUUUUUGGAAUGGACAAAAGCUUUUUUUUUUUUUUCUUUCCGGGAGAUUGUGUGUGUGUGUGUGUGUGCG